AUGACCGUGCAUUGGUCCACCAUGCAGGAGAGCUACUUGCGAAAUCAGACUGCGUAUGAUCCUGGUGAUUCUUUCGUGAUGUACGGCCUCUCCAAAGAUGCGCUCACGAGGACGUCGAAUGGCACUUCAUUCCUCUUCCAGGACUACGGCGAUGAGCACCGGAACUUCACCAUGCACAUUGCGACGAUGACAGACCUGCUGCCAAACAAGAUCUACUACUAUGUGGUAGGUGGAGUCUUGCUUGCAAAGCCAAGGGCGUCAGGAUCUCAGCCUCCAAGCCUUAGCCGCCGAAACCGUGAAGAAAGGUGCGACCGACUUUCUCCUAUCUAUUGGUCCCCUGCUUGCCCCUGA